AUGGCCUCCCUCGACGCCGACCAGAAAAAGGCCGAAUAUAAGCAGCAAGGCGCCAUUGCCGCUGCCCAGGAGGCUGCUCUUGAUCCCCAGUCCUCCGUGCGUCCGGAGACGGUAGAGAAGGUCCUCGUCGACGAGACUCGCAAGGCCGGUCUGCCUGCCUUCCAGUUCGACCCGGAUGCCACCCCAGAGCAAAAGGCCGCGGCCGCCAGAUCACGUGUGUCGCCCGAUCUUCACCACGAAAAGAAACCUCAGGGGGUGGCCGUCGUCACUGACCUGAAUGAUGGUACUCCCGCCAAAUAUAACCUCCCUACUCCUCCCGCCACCUCCGAGUUGCUCAAGGAACCCCCUGCCGUCCCUGAGCCGGGGAAACCAGUCCCCCCGGGGGAAUUGACUGAAGACCUGCGUUGGGCUCGCGAUCGCACUGGCUGGGCUCCUCAGUUUGAAACCCAGAAGAUUGAUGGCGAGGAGGAUGAGGGAACCCUGCUGGAGCACCAGACGUUGCUUGAGGGCAAGCUGGAUGACAAAUUCUUUGGAGACUGGUACCAUAAUGCUGGUAUCAUCGUCUUCGCCUGCCUGGCCUCAUGGCUGGUCGCAGUGUUGGGCGGUGGUUUAGGCUGGAUUUUCAUCGUCAUGGCUGCGUGCAGCACCUACUAUCGCACCUCGAUCCGGCGCGUGCGCCGCAACUUCCGCGAUGAUAUCCAUCGCGAGAUGGCCAAGCAGCGUCUGGAGACCGACACGGAGAGUCUCGAGUGGAUCAACAGCUUCCUCGUCAAGUUCUGGCCCAUCUACGCCCCCGUCCUCUGCGACACCAUCAUCAACUCCGUCGACCAGGUCCUCAGCACCGCCACGCCCGCCAUGCUCGACAGUUUGCGUCUCAAGACCUUUAUCCUCGGCACCAAGCCCCCGCGCCUCGAGCAUGUCAAGACCUACCCCAAGACCGAGGUCGACACCGUCCUCAUGGACUGGAAGUUCAGCUUCACCCCGACCGACACCCUGGAUAUGACCGCUCGCCAGAUCAAGAACAAGAUCAACCCCAAGAUCGUCCUCGAGGUCCGGAUCGGCAAGGGUCUCGUCAGCAAGGGCCUCGACGUCAUCGUCGAGAACAUGGCCUGCUCCGGCCUCAUGCGCGUCAAGGUCAAGCUCCAGAUCCCCUUCCCCCACAUCGAACGCGUCGAGGUCUGUUUUCUCGAGCGCCCGGACUUUGACUACGUCUGCAAACCCCUCGGCGGUGACAUGCUCGGCUUUGACAUCAACUUCAUCCCGGGUCUCGAGAACUUCAUCAAGGAUCAGAUCCACGCCAACAUCGGCCCCAUGAUGUACGCCCCCAACGUCUUCCCCGUCGAGAUCGCCAAGAUGCUGGCCGGCAACCCCGUCGACCAGGCCAUCGGCGUCGCCGCCGUCACCCUCCACGGCGCCCAGCAGCUGCGCAACAGCGACAAGUUCGCCGGCACCCUCGACCCCUACGCCAUCGUCUCCCUCAACAACCGCACCGAACUCGGUCGCACCAAGACCGUCCAGGACACCGACAGUCCUCGCUGGGGCGAGACCAUCUACGUCAUCCUCACCUCCUUCACCGACGUCCUGACCAUGCAGGUCUACGACUGGAACGAGUUCCGCAAGGACAAGGAGCUGGGCGUCGCCUCCUUCGCCCUCGACCGCCUCCAGGAAGAGUCUGAGCACGAGAGCCUCUACCUCGAGGUCUCCGCCAGCGGGCGCUCCCGCGGCGCCGUCCACGCCGACAUCCGCUUCUUCCCCGUCCUCGAGGGCCGCACCCUCGAGGGCGGCGCCACCGAGCCGCCCCCGGAGCUCAACACGGGUAUCGCCCGCUUCACCGUCGAACAGGCCAAGGACCUCGACGGCACCAAGAGUCUGGUCGGCCAGCUGAACCCCUACGCCGUCCUGCUCCUCAACGGCAAGGAGAUCCACGUCACCAAGAAGCUCAAGCGCACCAACAACCCCAUCUUCCAGGAUGCCUCCAAGGAGUUCCUCGUCACCGACCGCAAGAACGCCAAGCUGGGACUCGUCAUCAAGGACGACCGCGAUCUCAUGGCCGAUCCCAUCCUGGGCAGCUACCAGAUCAAACUGCCCGACCUGCUCAAGAUGAUGGAGAAGGGCCAGGAAUGGUUCCAGCUGGCGGGUGCCAAAACCGGCCGCGCCAAGCUCACCCUCCAGUGGAAGUCGGUCGCCGUCGGCGGCAUCUCCGGCAGCGCGGGCUACCUUGAACCCAUCGGUGUCAUGCGCUUCCACUUCCAGAACGCGCGCGACCUGCGUAACCUGGAGACCAUGGGCAAGUCCGACCCCUACGCCCGCGUCCUGCUCUCCGGCGUCAUGAAGGGUCGCACCGUCACCUUCCGGAACAACCUCAACCCGGACUGGGACGAGGUGGUCUACGUGCCCAUCCACAGCAUCCGCGAGAAGCUCACCAUCGAAGUCAUGGACGAAGAAUCCCUCGGCAAGGACCGCUCGCUCGGCGCCACCGACCUGUCCGCCGCCGACUUUGUCCACGAGGGCGAAAAUGGCGAGUACCUGGUCGACGACGAGAAGCAGCUCACCUCCAGCAACCUGCGCCUCGGCUCCUCCACCAAGGGCAAGAUCAACUACACCGUCGCCUUCUACCCCACCGUCCCCGUCGUCAAUCCCGACGACGAAGUCGAGGAGGAAGAAACUGCCAACGGUGAAGCCGUUGCCGGGGAUGCUGCCUCCCGCAAGAGCCUCGACGCCCGCAGCAAGUCUGGCUCUAUCCGUCACUCCAAAUCGGUCAGCGUCGACUCGAAAGCUACCAAUGGAGUCGAAGCUGCUCCUGCUCCUGCUGCUGCUGCUCCCACCACCACCACCACUACCACCAAUGGCCGACUCAGUGUCGAGACCAACGGCUCCAAGCCGACCACGGGCAAGGACUCGGACUCUCAGUCCAUGGUUUCCGUCAAAGAGGUUCCCAAGAUUUUUAUUUCCGCCGAGGAUCUAUCCCAAUAUGAAUCUGGUUUCCUCGUGUUCAAGUUCCACGAAGCACAACUGUCGCGGACUAAUGUCCAGCUCGAGGUUCUCAUGGACGACUACAUGUUCCCUUCCUACGUCUCACCACGCCUGCGCUCGCGCUCUGCCAAGUUUGAAGAUGUUGGCGAUGCCUUUAUCCGAGAACUCGAGUUCUCCAAGAUCACGCUGCGCCUGGUGGAAAAGAACGAUGGCAAAGAUGAGGGUGACGACCAUACCGUCGCCAAGUUGACGGGUGAUACGCUGCCAACCCUGCAGCGUAUUCUGUACACACCUACGGAGUUGACGCUACGCUCAGAUAGCGGGGAAGUCAGCAAGGUGACGGUGAGCGCGCGGUACAUCCCCGCGAAGAUGAAGUUGGACCCGAGGGAGAGCAUCAACAACAUGGGCACUCUGCGGGUGGACGUACUGGAUGCGGCGGACCUACCGUCCGCCGACCGCAACGGGUACAGUGACCCGUACUGCAAGUUCAAGCUGGAGGACAAGGAGGUGCACAAGACCAAGGUGCAGAAGAAGACGCUGCACCCAGCGUGGAACGAGUUCUUCGAGACGCCCGUCAAGUCGCGGAUCGGGUCAGACUUCCGUGUGGAUGUGUAUGACUGGGACUUUGGCGACUCGGCGGACUACUUGGGCGGCACUCCGAUUGACCUGACGGUGCUGGAUCCCUUUGUGGCAAAGGAGGUGACGCUGCCGCUGGACGGCAAGUCCGGGGCGAUCCGACUGAAGAUGCUUUUCAAGCCGUCGUACGUGAUGCGCUCACGGCAGGGCUCAUCGACCUUCAUCUCCGGCACGUUCGCCGCACCCGGCAAGAUCGUCGGCGCCCCCGUCAAGGGCGUGGGCAUGGUUGGGGGUGGUGUGCUCAAGGGCGCCUCGUUCCUUAAGCACGGCCUUAUGUCGCGGAUCCACAAGAACGGCGGCGGCGGCGGCGGUGACGAUGCGGCUUCGGUCAUGACCACGGGCAGCCGCGAGGAGUCCCUGGAAGCGACCAGCAGCGUGGUGCCUCCCGUGAUGGUGGACGGAGCCACGCCCACCACCCCGCCGAGCACGGCGCCCACCACCCCGCAACAGCUGCAACACUCGCGCAACCGCAGCCUGGCGUCGCAGUUUGGCGACCGGCUGAGUGUCAGCGGUACCGCUCCCGGCAGCGGGGGUACGGGCGCCGCCGGCACCGCGACGAUCACGGUGGUGUCGGCGAGCGGGUUCGCCCCGUCGACAAACGUACGGGUGCACGUCAAGACGCUCAACAGCAAGGGGGCGGCGAAAGAGGUGCACAAGACCAAGGCGCACAAGGUGCCCGGCAGCGGGGGACCGGUGCAGUUCGACGCGUCCCACGAGACCGUGCGGGUGUCUCACACGACGGCGGAUGCGCAGUACCAGCUGCGGGUGGUGGACCACUCGACCUUCGGGUCGGACGAGCUGCUGGGCGAGAGUCUGUUCUUCGUCGACGAUCAGGGGUCCGUGGCCGGCCAGGAGAAGUCGGUCAAGGUGGGCAACGGGGUCGUCAAUGUGCGCAGUAGCUUUGCGCCCUCGGGCGACGCUGCCAACAGCCUCCGGCCCAGCACGUCGCACUCGCAGAACGGCGACGGGCCCUCGGACGUCGUGAUGGACAGCCCGGACUCGCGGCGCGAAAAGGCGCCCCGGCGCAGUUUCCUGGGCAAGCGCAGCGUGAGCGGUGUAUAG